AUGGCCACUCUGGAAUGGCCUCGACUGUGCUCCCACGUGGCUCAGUUUGCAUCCACAACUCUGGGCAGACAAGAAGCUCUGCAGCUGCAGCUCCUAGCGGAGACCAGGGCAGUCAAUGUGCUGGAGGCAGAGUAUGCAGCUGACCUGGAUUUUGGAGGCAUCUCCACAUCGGUGGCACAGGAGGGGAUAAAAAGGGCGUCACGGGGAGGCAUGCUGACAGCGGCGCAGCUGGCGGCUGUGGCCGGGCUGCUGGCAGGUGCCGUCAGGCUGCAGCGCGCGAUAUUGUCCGCUGCCGGGCAGGAGGGCCGGCUGACCGAGGAGAGCGCCCUGUGGCCCGUCGUCUCCACCGUCAAGGGGCUGCCAGGGCAUGCGGAGAUCGUGGCGGGGGUGAACUCCGCUCUAGACGAGGGCGCCAAGGUGCGCGAGGGCGCGAGCGAGGACGUGCGGCGGACGCGCGGGCGGUGCCGGACGCUGGAGGGACGCCUGCGCUCGCUGCUCAAGGGCUUCCAGGGGGAGGUCUCCGAGCAGUCGGGGCGGCUGUGCUGUGGGCGGCUGUGCGUGGCGGUGGCGGCUGCCGAGAAGCCGCCCAGGGGCGUGCUGCUGGGCAGCGCCGCGGGCAUCAUCUACCUGGAGCCCCCCGCCGCUGUACCUUUGAAUAACGAGCUGGCAGCCGCGCGUGGAGAGGCCUACGCGGCCGAGGAGGCCGUGCUGUGGCGGCUGACCGGACUGGUCGUGGACGCUGAAGAGGACGUCCGCCGCGCGUUGGAAAUUGUUCUGUGGCUGGACCUGACAGCGGCCAAGGCGCGGUAUGGCCGCUGGAUCAACGGAGAGUUGCCAACCUUUGCAGAAUUUGCGCGCACCACAAAGGCUCGGACGAGCAGGCAGAAGGAGGCACAGGCGCUGCAGCGGGCCACAGCAUCGCCAAAAGAGGCUGAUGAUGAGUUCUUGAUCAGGUUGCGCAGGCUUAGGCACCCGCUACUGCAUGCAGACUACCUGAUCUGGAAGGAGGCAGCCGCCAGGAAUCAGCCUCAGAGCAGCAGAGCAGCCAGCGCAGGGCCCCUCAGGCGCCUGUCCAACCGGAAAGAUGUCAUGGCGCGCAACUCAGGCAUGCUCGUAGAGGAUGAGCCAUCUGAGGAGGAAGCUGCCUCAGAGGAGGGACACGAGGGAACACCGAAACCGCCAGUGCCCAUCGACAUCUGCAUGAAGCCCGACACGCGCUGCGUCAUCAUCACCGGACCCAACACAGGCGGCAAGACCGCCACCCUCAAAGCAUUUGGGCUGGCGGUGUUGAUGGCCAAGGCGGGACUGCCGGUGCCGGCGGCUGCGCCGGUGCGGCUGGCGCCGUUUUCCGGCGUGCUGGCCGACAUCGGCGACGAGCAGAGCCUGGCCGCCAACCUGUCCACAUUCUCCGGCCACCUCCGCCGCAUCCAGGCGCUGCGGCGGGAGGCGGAUGGGCGGUCGCUAGUGCUGCUGGAUGAGGUGGGCACGGGCACCGACCCGGCGGAGGGCGCCGCGCUCGGCAUCGCGCUUCUGCGCGCCCUGGCCGCCGGCGGCGCGCGCGGCGCGGCCAUCACCGACGGCCGCUUUGAGAACGCGAGCGUGGAAUUCGAUGAGGCCGCGCUGGCGCCGACGUACCGGCUGAUGUGGGGCAUCCCCGGCCGCUCCAACGCGCUCAACAUCGCCUCCCGCCUCGGCCUCAACGCUGACAUCAUUGCUGACGCACGCGACCGCAUGGGCACCGCACAGGCGGAGGUGGACGAUGCCAUUGCUGAGCUGGAGGGUCUGCGAAAAGCAGCAGAAGGGGACGAGGUGGCCGGCAUCAAACUCAAAAAGCAGGCCACCACCAUUCAGGUCAAGCUGAGCCAGAUGCGGUAA